ACCGUGCUGUGCAACGCGAUGCAGCACGGAACAUUAGCGCCGGACGGACGGGUGUCUACCGGCCGGCCCACGCACACCGACGGGCGGGUGCCUACUGGCCCCGCGCGGAGAGUGUCCGUACACGGGAGCAUAGAUGGCGCGUCGAGCGGCCAGAGUUUAUUAUAUAUCUAGGGAGCGCAGCCUGAAAACAAGUUCUAUGGGAAAAUUGCUUUAUUAUUUAAUACUUAUCGAAUAUUUAGCCAGUCUUGUACACUGCCCUACCACCACGAAAUCAAUAUUAACUAAUUAUUAUGCGCUUUGUUAUUUCGCGGAACGGCAACGCCGCAACAGCCUGUUGUUUGAACAUCCGCCCGACAACGGCACGCCAGAGCAAUUUUCUCAAAUAACGAGUCUAAUAGGGAUUUUACGCCCAAGCUGUGAGUCAGGAAGGAACUAGUGAUAGUGACGACCUUACACAUCACUUCUGAAGAUGCCCAGGCGACGAACGAGACAAGGUCCAGAUCGGCCGUUUCCGCCGCCUGCAUCCAGCGGCAGCGGCCGAGCCCACGCCGGUACCGCCCGCGAUGACGGCCUUCCUGGAAGCGCCGACGGAAACCUGCACCACGGCGUCGGGCUACCCGAUUUAGACACGGAAGCGCGCCGGCUCAUCCGGGACGGACUCGCACCCGCAACGCGAAGAGCGUAUCGGCGGUGUGUCGCUACCUUCCAGACUUUCUGCGCCUCUCACAACCUCCCCGCUAUCCCCGCCACAGAGCGCACAGUCCUUCGUUUCCUCGCCCACCUCAGUCUCAACAACACUUCCCCGGGACUCGCUUCAUCCCAUCUGGCGGCACUGCGACACUGGCACGCCACGCGGGAGCGACCCUGGCCCGGCCGGACGGAACGAAUCCGGUUAGCGCUGCGGGCCAUCAGCAGAGACAGCCAGGGGCCACGCCCGCCCGGCCGGCGACCGGCGUCCGUGCCGAUCCUGCUGCGACUGCGCCGGCGACUCCGGCGGGCCUCGAUGUCAGCGCAUGACCGGAGGGCAGCAUGGGCGGCAAUCACGCUGGGAUUUUUCGGCGCGCUACGCGGAAGUGAGUAUCUGGCCCCAAGUGCGCACCGGUUCUCUCGCCGCCGCACGUGCGCCCGCCGGCAUGUCACACUACACCGGGACCGUCUUGUGCUGCAUAUCCCGGCGUCCAAAACCGACCAAGCGUAUCGGGGAGCCACCGUCGAGCUACCCAGUGUCUCCGGCCCCGGAUGUCCAGUCCAGGCUAUGCGGAGGUACCUUCGCAACGUCGCCGACCAGCCUCCAGACCAACCACUGUUUAUCCGGGCAUCAGGCGCGUACGGCACGAUCGCCUGGCUAAACGGCGUACUUCGCCGUUACGCGCCCUCGGACGCUGGGCGGCUCACCACGCAUAGCCUGCGGAUUGGGUUCGCCACCGCCGCCGCAGCCACCGGCGCCUCCGACGGCGCGAUCCGUGCAUCCGGUCGGUGGGCCUCGUCAUCGCACCUCCGGUACAUCCGGGGGCGCCGCCUGGACGUGUGGGAAGCGCGCAUCGCUGUCAACGCGGCCCCUGCCCCGUAGAAUGGCCCCGCCCCUAAUGACUGGAAUACACUUUGGCGUUUC